AUGACCGACCCUGCCACCUCGCUGAACAAUACGGUCGGCGCAUACUUCAUUGGGUGUACUAUCAGUUCCAUGCUUAGAGCUGCGCCCAAGAUUGCUUUUCUCUGUGGUAUCGUGGGUGGAAAACGUAGCACACCACGAAGACUUGCUGCGCAAUGUGGCAAUCUCUCCGCUGAACACUCGAAAAGGUUGUCUGGGCUCUUGGAUCAGUAUGAAGUUAUGACAGCGAGUAUAAACAACAACAUCAUUGUUUCGGACAACGAGAACAAAGGUCCUAUACCGAAAGAAAUCGGUAAUACGGGGAUGAUCGUCACCCUGGAUGACUUGUGGUGGGCGAUGUUGUACAAUCCUGCAAGUAAUCGUGAGCUGAAUGUGCGCAACCGCUUCAGAAAGCGACAUUACCAUGAGGGCAACAUCUUAGUCAGUAUCAACUCAGAAUGUCAGGAGAUGCCGCCAGACCUUCACGCUGAGCGCGAAAUAGAGCUUGAGAAUAUACCACACCUCGCGGUUGAUCUGCCGGCCCGACGCCAGACGGCUGCAUAG